AUGCCAGGGGUUUCCAGUGCGCUCCGGCGCCUCAUAGCCGCGCGCCUGGCGCUGGAGCGCAUCAACGAACGCUUCCUCUGCCAGACUGCUGCUGGCCGCAGUAGCGCAGUGGCGGUGCCAACGGCGGCGUUGACGCCGCAGCUGUGCCUGGAGUGCCAGGAGCUUGCGACGCGCGUCCUGCUGGAUCUGGACGCCACCCCGUGCGGCGCGGCCGCGGAGCUGAGGGUGGUGCGCAAGCGGCUGGUGGCGCGCGCCAAUGCGCUGCUCGACGCCGUGCAGGCCGCGACGCGGCAGCUUUGA